ACGUACAAUCUUUCGAAAAUGGCCAUUGGCAUGAGAAAUUAGCCACGUAUUUUAAGUCCAUACACUUAUAAUAAAGCGUAGGUGAAGAGCUAUAAGAUAAACAUUUAAACGACUGUUUAAAAGUUAACAGAUAUCAAGUAGAUAUCUCUCUUCGUUUCUGGCAUCGUCAUUAAACAACAUUCGGAAAUACCAAGAGUAUUUUAGAAUCGUUUUAAUUAUUGUUUGAUGCGUACUUAUCACAAAAAUUUAAUCGACAUGGUGAUAUCUAGAAGCAGAAAAUGUUCUAUCGACAAGAAAAUGCUACCGAUGAAACUUCAUUACCUUUUCUAUUCACUUGCUGCGGCAUCAGCUUUGAAUUACUUCCCACUAAUAGCUAAAAACAUCGGAGUUAGUGCUACAGGAUUGGGUAUUACUUACCUGACGGUCCCAUUUCUUGCAGUUUUUAUGAAUCCAAUAUUCGGAUACGUUACCGAUAAAUUCAAGAAAAUAAAAUUCAUUAUCAUCCUCCUGAUUGUUUUAAUUACGCCUGUUUACUUUUCAAUCAAUUUUAUUCCUGAAAUCAUAAAAGAAAAUCACAUCAUUUCUGAUGUAAAAUUGUACUGUGAUGACAGCAAUACGUCAAUUUUCAUUAAGUCUCCUCAUUUUUUAAUGAGAAGUCCGAAUAACGAAAGUAUUGAGUGCCAAGUAGAGUGUUUGACUUGCUACAACGAUGAUAUUUCAUGUCGAAAUGUAUAUUAUUUGAUCAGCGAGCGAUUGCUUAAUCGUUCUGAAACCUUAGAAGUGAAGAACAUGACCUUCCAGAAUAAUAAUCUUGAAUCUUCUUUCUGUUUUCUCGAAUUAUCUGAUAAUUGCACAGCUUCGUGCUUCACGGAAGACCAUGAAUAUAAUUCAUUUCACUACUAUCAAUUUUGGUUAUUUGUCGUUUUAACGUCAUUGUCGUUUAUUGUAACCAAUGCUGUCAUAGCCUUAUCGGAUGCCGCUUGCUUCGAAUCACUGGAAGGAAGAGUUAAUCAAUUUGGAAAACAAAGAUAUUUAUUAUCUCUUGGAUGGGGAAUAUCAUCUAUUGGUACUGGAUACAUUGUCGAAUUAGCAAAUGCCAAUAACGCAGGGAAAACUAAUUUUUCUAUAAGUUACUACAUAAUGUUGCCUUUAAUUAUCUUCGAUAUAAUAACGCUGGCGUUUACAGAUAUGCGAAAAGAAAAAUCGUCAAACAAUAUAUUAAAAGAUGUCAGAAAAAUAUUUGUGAAGGGCCAUCCUUUCUUCCUUGUAUUUGCUUCAUUUCUUGCAGGUGCAUUUUCUGGUGUAAAAUGGAAUUAUGGCUAUUGGUAUUUGGAAGAUUUGGGAGGAAGUAAACUAUUAAUGGGAAUACAUAAUGCAAUGGUUUGCAUUUGGGCCGAAGUACCUUUUAUGUUUAUUUCUGGUUGGAUUAUAAAAAGAAUUGGAACGGACAAUAGCGUGUGUUUGGCUUUCAUCACCUUGACCAUUUGGUUUUUUGCUGCUUCAUUUAUUAGUAAUCCUUGGUUGAUUUUGUUACCCGAUUUAGUUCAAGGACCCUCUUACGGUCUUUUUUAUGCAGCCAUGACGUCGUAUGGGAAACUUAUAGCACCACCUGGAACGGAAGCGACUAUGCAAGCUAUUCUAGGAGCAACAUUUUGUGGUCUAGGUAUAGGUGCAGGAUGUCUGUUGGGAGGUAUUGGUUUCGACAAUUAUGGUAAUCAGUUGACUUUUCGUUUUGUGGGAUGUUUCUCUAUAGGAUCAGCCAUAAUAUACAAAUGCAUCACGACAUUUAUAGCGGGAGAAAGAUCUGUAAUAAAAGAUAAGAAGAGAGAAAACGAGGAAAAAGUUGAACAGGAGAAAUGUUAUCCAUGUGGCUGAAUAAGGAAUUCGUUUCCGUUUACUUGACUUAUUUAAAUAUGAAAAUAUGUAUUCGAAAAUUAUACCGAAG